AUGGAUCACAAAGCUUUGGCCCUAGGUUUUCUGGUGUCCGCUUUUCUCCUCCUGAGAGCGCACCAGCCGGCGAGCGCUCAGGUGUUGUGCCGGUCGCAGUUCAACCUGGCCAACGAGGCGUGCAGCAUGCGGACGUUCCCGCGGCCACGCCCGGGGCUGCCGCGGCAGCAGCUCAACGAGACGUCCACGGCGUCGACGGCCAGCGCCACGGGUGGCGGCGGCCACACGCUGCAGUCCAGGGACGACGACGACGACGACGACCGCGACGGCGGGAGGCGGUCCUCCCGGCACCGGCACCGGCACUACAGCGAGGAGGAGGAGGACCCCCGCGACACGGCGUGCUGCCGCCGGCUCAUGGGCCUCGACAACUCGUGCGUCUGCCAGGCCACCGCGCGGCUCCCAUCGUUCAUGAACUCGGUCAGGCACUCCAUCACGCUCAAGCCCGUGGAGGGCUGCGAGAUCUCCUUCGAGUGCCCCGGCCCGCUCUUCUAA